AUGGGCAAAGUUGAAUCAUCGCCGGAUGCAUACAAAUACUCAGAACAUUACCUUCCCUGGCAUGCUCACAUUACGGCCCUGACUGUAGCGUCGGAAGCAAGAAGGCAAGGUAUUGGCAAAAUCCUGGUGGAGCAAUUGGAGGCAGCCGCCGAUGUUCACAAUGCUUGGUUCAUGGAUCUGUUUGUCCGCAGCAGCAAUGCCAAGGCCAUUGCGUUUUACAAAGAACUGGGCUACAGCGUCUUUCGUGUUGUCAAAGACUAUUAUGGGGAGCAUGCCACAGAUCCCGACAAAGACAGCGAGGAUGCAUUCGACAUGCGCAAAUCUAUGAAGAGGGACUCAAAGGGUGAGCACGUUCGAGAUGACGGCGAGAAACACGAGGUGCACCCUGAAGAUGUCUGGUAA